AUCCACCGCAAGAGCGGUUGCGGUACAGCGAGGGAAAUUUGUGUUAAGCUCACGUCCUCUCGCCAGAAGUCCCCGAAACUUACAGGAGUCGGCGAACAAUACUAGUACUUUACUAAAACCCUCUUACAUGCCAAGAGCUUAAGUCGGCGUCGGCGUGCAACUCAGUACCAUCACCAUAAACCUGUAUCCUGAUCUAUGAAUCCGCGUCGGGCACUCCGAAGACGCUAAAUAUCCUUCAAACUGCACCUCUAAGUACCUCCGUUCUGGCGCAGCACCCGAAUCUUCGACUCCAUGGUGAACUCCCUCACGCGCCAGGCCGGAAUACAGCUUGGACCACUGUUACUGGAAACCCUCAUUAAGCACUACUUCGACCGUCUAGUGAGGGAGGAUGAGUCACAAGGGCGGGUUAUGACGAAGCUAAGGCAAGAGGAGCUGCUGUACGACGAGGCAUUUAAUGUGGUUAAGACAUUCCUCGAGGCCUCCACCAAGCACACGGUUGAAGAGCUCCAGAAGUUCUCGAACACGCGUACGCCAUCGCCUCCCUCAGUGCAUGUCGUCCGGCUACUCGUGCCUAUGUCCUGCUGUGAUGAAGCCGCAAAGGUCCUCAUCCAGGCCUUCGGUGGCGAGGAGAUGACUAAGAAGGUCGUUGGCGGCACCAAGUGGUGGCAAGUGCGCGGCGUCAAGGGGGUGGACGCAGAGUGGAUUGUUGCGAAAAAAGACUGGAAAGAGGCAAAACGGCGAUACAAGAUGGCUCAAGAGAAGGAGCGGCAGAGCUCAGACGAACCCAGUCGCACUCCGUCCAUUGCACCCGACUCCUCUUCGCAGCAGCAGCAGCAGCAGAACGGCGUGCCCUCAGAUGCUGGUCCGUACUAUCAGCCCGAGAUGGAUGAGAUGCGUUGUAUAUUGUAUGCGCAUGGAGGCGGCUACUAUUUUGGCAGUGUUGACCAAGAAAGGUAUUCCAUCCAGCGAUAUGCGAGGAAGAUCAGCGGUCGCGUAUUCGCUAUGAAUUAUAGGCUAGCACCACAGUACCCUUUCCCAUGCGCUCUGCAAGACCUCAUCGCGGCAUAUCUGUUCUUGAUCCAUCCUCCCGAGGAUGCUUCGCAUCAGCCAGUUAAUCCGGCUCAUUUGGUGGUCGCAGGGGACUCUGCUGGAGGAGGCCUUACCCUCGCGUUGCUACAGGUCAUCCGCGACUGUGGGCUGCCUAUGCCGGCCGGCGGAGUGCUUGUUUCGCCGUGGAGCGAUCUGACGCACUCGUUCCCCAGUAUCCAUACGAACACAGCAACGGACGUUCUUCCGCCGUAUGGGCUUUCCUUCUACAAACCGAGCACGCUAUGGCCACCGCCACCAGACGAGCUGAACACAGCAGUUCGCGAGCGCCUGCGGACGCGCAUCCGCCAAGCAGUCUCUCUCCGACCUAAAGAUAAAGAAGCCCACCCCAGUUCCACCCGAAGCAAACCAGUCACCGCGCCUCUUGAGGGCAGCCACGACCUUCAUCUUCCAGACACGGGACGGAUGCUGCACCUUGGUUCCACUGCAUCCCUACCAACGAUCCAGUCGGGAUACAAGGAUCAGGCCGUCACUUGUGUUACAAAGGACGGCGAAACCUUGACGAUUGACCAUCAGAUUCACUUGUAUGCCCCGAACUACUUACUGACUCAUCCUUUGGUCAGUCCAGCGGUGUCGUAUCUUGGUGGAUUGUGCCCACUGCUCGUUAUUGCUGGGGAUGCGGAAGUCCUGAGAGACGAAAUCAUCUAUGUGGCACAUAAGGCCACUUAUCCCGACAAAUACCAUGUCAAACAGGAAGCAAGGGAUUUGUACCCGGCGUUAAAUGAUAUCGAGGGGAAGUACGGGCCUACGCUAGUACAUCUCCAAGUCUACGAUGAUGCUGCUCACAUCCUCCCUAUUCUCUUUUCUUUCACAACACCCGCGAAAUACUGCUUCAGGGCUAUAGCCACAUUUAUUCGCCAUGUGACGGGCAUGCUCCCUACCAGUAUAUCCGAUUCAAUAGGCGACAUUCCCGUCACACUUUCCCCACCGACGAGCCCUGGCGUGCCAGCAACUCCCGAAGAUCAGCUCUCCAUUCCAGACGAAGUGCGGCUACCACGCGCUUCGCCCAACCUUGACGUACGCUCGUUACCGGCGUCGCGGACCCCGAGUCCCCGUGCGCGGGGCGCGUCACUCUUCGUGCUCACCAAGAGGUCGGUCGACGACUCUGCCGGAACGUCGCGCAAGAUGUCGCUACGUCGGGCAUUCAGCACGCACGUCUCUCGUGCAGGUGUCAUGUUCAAGAGCAGCUCUGCACAUCCGGCUCAACCGGCAUCGGCAUUGGAUGUAUCACUCUCCUCCCCAACACGAUCCCGCCAGUCGACGUCGCCUGCGCCGUCAGGCGACAGGGCUACCAAUGGUAGUGGGGAGCCUGGAGAUGUUGCUGGGCCGAGGUUCUAUGGCUCUGGUAUGAAGGAGUGUGAAGACGGUGAGAGAAGAGCGGGUGAGGCGGUGGUAUAUCAGAACGGACUUGAAACUAUGAUCCGCGAACGGGUCUCCACCCACGGCAUCAUCCGUCCGCUCGAGCCUGAGAGCGAGCUUUCUGCCUUCUCACUUCCCCCAGAACUGAUCGGCGUUGUGUCCGAGCUCGCGAUGCGGCGAUACCAGGACGCAAAGGCCAAGUUCGAUAAGAAGUUCUCGAGCACGGUGAAGACGAUCGAAAAGCACCGGCGGCGGAACCUGGACAUCGCGCACAAGAACGCGGUGCGGAACAUGAGCCAGCUGCAGCUCUACGUCGACAAGGACGUACAUGGCGGCGGCGAGCGCGCAACAUUCAAGGGUAUCAAGGAGGCGCUCAAGACGAGCGGGAGCUGGAGCUGGGCGUGGGCGCUCGACGCGGACGAGCGGCCGCCGCCAAGCAGCAUCGUCGCACGGCGCGACACGGACGAGGCGGUUGAGCUCGCGAGAAUUGCGGACCAGGCCGUGCUCGCCGAUGAGGAUGUCAUCGUUAGCGGGAACAACCUGUGGCAGCUGAUGGUCAACUUCUUGACGACGUCGCCGGAGAAGAAGAGGGGCAAGUUCCACGACACCGACCACUCCCUGAGUGAUAGCAGGAAGUCGAAAGAGGAGAGAAUACGCUCGCGGUUUGCGCAGCUUGUGUCGGACCACAAAAAGCAUGCCAAGAUAAGCAGUCCGUCGGCACCAGAAGCCUCGAAGCAUUCAAGUUAGAUGACGCGCUGGGCUGCUCCAAGUCUGGACUAA